ACUCUUAUCUCUUUCUCUUCUUCUGGAAAAAUAAACCAUCUCUCUCUCUCUCUCUCUCUCUCGUCUUACUGCGUCUAUUUCCAUCGACCUUCCUCCGAUUCUUCAAUCACAAAUUCCCUUAUAAACCCAAAAAGCUCUCCCCAGAUCUUCACAAAAAUACUUGAUACAAUUUCAGAUCCCGAUCCACCGACAAUGUCAACCACCGUCCCACCCGUCCUCCCGAUCUCCACCACCUCUGUCGCCGCCGCCGGAUCCAUCGAUUCCCAGGCCUCCCAGCCUCGGAUCGCCACCAUGGUCUUCCGCGCCUUCAUCAACCACAUCACCGACACUGUCCGCAACGGCCUCUCCCAGCGCCGCCCCUGGGCAGAGCUUGCCGACCGCUCCGCCUUCUCCAAGCCCGAGUCGUUCUCCGACGCCACCCUCCGCGUCCGCAAGAACUACUCCUACUUCCGCGUCAACUACCUCGCCGUCGUCGCCCUCAUUGUCGCCGUCUCCCUCUUCACCCACCCCUUCUCCCUCGGCCUCCUCGCCGCCUGGCUCUUCCUCUACCUCUUCCGCCCCACCGAUCAGCCCCUCGUUAUCUUCGGCCGGACUUUCUCCGACACCCAAACCCUAAAGGGCCUCGUCGGCCUCAGCGUCUUCGUCGUCUUCCUCACCUCCGUCAGAUCCGUCCUCAUCUCCGCUCUCAGGGUCGGAGUUGCCGUCGUACUCCAUAUUCACCAUGAUCAAUUAACCUGGAUAGUCUGAAUUCAAGGGAUUGAAGAGAUUUCAUACUGUGUUUGUAGAGAGCGAGGUUGCGAAUCACCUCGGAUGAAAGAAGCCAUCGACCAUUAAAACUCGUUCCUCGUGCUUCAACCCGAGACCAUGGAGAAGCUCCAGCGAGAACACAAUCAGCACUGAGUAGGAGGCUGAAACCAUGGCAGUGAUUGAACCUAAGAAGAUCAUCAUUGAGAUCCUGGUAUCGAUUUCGGCCAAGUCAAUUGCAGAGUGAAGCUGCUUUAUUUGCUUCCCCAUGUACUCACCAACUUGAUUUCAGCAAUCGAUCCCCAGAAAGUUGAAAUAAAAUGAAUAAUAUCAAGAAUCUGAUCAAUUUCAAUUUCGGAACUGCAAAGAAGCAAUAGGACUCGAUACUGGACCAUGAAUAGAAGCAAUUGUAGACCGAAAAAAAAAAAAAAAAAAAAAAAAAAAAAAAAAAAAAAAAAAAAGCAAUUGAAACUCUGAUUCCUACCGGUUGGUCCCACCAUGUCAAAAUUGCAAAGAAGCCACGCACAACAAAACUGAGACAAUUAAGGGGAAAGCAACCCCUCUACAGGGCACUGACCUAAAAAAAAGUGGCUGCAGCGUGGCAAUUACCCAUUGACACGCACAUGUGUGUCCUUUGGCCCAAAUAUGUCACGAAUGUGUAUGUGGCCAUUGCCAAUAAUUGUAGUAGUGA